AUUUACGCCGGCUGCCGGAAUCGAUUAGCUUUCCGAACGAGGAGGAAAAGGUGUUCGCCUACUGGAAGCAGGAAAAGGUGUUUGAGGCCUGCCUGAAACAGUCCAAAGGGAAGCCGAGGUACACCUUCUACGAUGGGCCUCCUUUUGCAACCGGACUGCCUCACUACGGUCACAUCUUGGCCGGCACGGUAAAGGACAUCGUCACCCGGUAUGCGCACCAGCAGGGUUAUCAUGUGGAACGUCGGUUCGGCUGGGAUUGUCACGGGCUGCCGGUUGAGUAUGAAAUCGACAAAACGCUGAAUAUCCGCGGUCCGGAGGAUGUGGCCCGGAUGGGCAUCAAGGCGUACAACAACGAGUGCCGGAAGAUUGUGAUGCGCUACGCCGACGAGUGGGAACAGAUAAUCGGUCGGAUGGGACGAUGGAUCGACUUCAAGAACGAUUACAAGACCCUCUAUCCGUGGUACAUGGAAUCGAUCUGGUGGGUGUUCAAGCAGCUGUACGUGAAAGGGCUGGUCUACCAGGGUGUUAAGGUGAUGCCGUAUUCGACGGCCUGUACGACGGCGCUGUCGAACUUUGAGUCGGGUCAGAACUACAAGGAAGUUACCGAUCCGGCCGUGUUUGUGUCGUUCCCGGUUGUGGGUGAUAAGGAUAAUGCCGCCCUGAUUGGCUGGACGACCACCCCGUGGACCUUGCCCUCGAACAUGGCAUGCUGCGUACAUCCGGAGCUGAUCUACGCCCGCGUGAAAGAACUGAAAACCGGCAAAGUGUACAUCAUGAUGGAGUGCCGCAUUGAGUCGCUGUUCAAGGGUCCGGAGAACUAUGAAGUAUUGGAUCGUUUCCCCGGAAAGAAGUUGGCCGGUUUGAAGUACGAACCCCUGUUCAAUUACUUCAGCAAGUACGAAAAGGUGGCUUUCCGUGUGCUGUUGGACGGUUACGUAACGGAAGAAUCCGGUACCGGAGUGGUACACCAGGCUCCGUACUUUGGCGAGGACGAUUACCGCGUCUGUUUGGCCAAUGGAGUGAUUACGCGCGAUCAGGAGAUCGUCUGCCCGGUUGAUCCGAGUGGAAAGUUUAUGGACCCGGUUGAGGAUUUCAAGGGGCAGUAUGUGAAGGAUGCCGACAAGCACAUCAUCAAGUUGCUCAAAGAAAGGGGACGAUUGGUGUUUAGCAGCCAGGUUAAGCACAACUAUCCGUUCUGUUGGCGAUCGGACACCCCGUUGAUCUACAAGGCCGUCCCGUCGUGGUUUGUCCGAGUUGAGCACAUGACCAAGCAACUGCUCAGUUGCAGUUCCCAAACGUACUGGGUUCCAGAGUAUGUCAAGGAAAAACGAUUUGGAAACUGGCUGCGGGAUGCUCGCGAUUGGGCUAUCAGCCGGAACCGAUACUGGGGUACCCCCAUUCCGCUGUGGAUUUCUCCCGAUGGUCAAGAAAUUGUUUGCAUUGGAAGCAUCGAAGAGCUGGAAAAGUACUCUGGAGUUCGGGUGAGCGAUCUGCAUCGCGAAAGCAUCGAUCACAUUGAAAUCCCAUCAGCCGUGCCGGGAAAUCCUCCGCUGCGACGAGUUUCGGAAGUUUUCGAUUGCUGGUUCGAGUCCGGUUCUAUGCCGUUCGCUCAGAACCACUAUCCCUUCGAAAAUGCUUCGGAUUUCUUGAGCAAUAGUUUCCCAGCCGAUUUUAUUGCCGAGGGUAUCGAUCAGACCCGUGGUUGGUUCUACACACUGCUGGUCAUUUCGACGGCUCUGUUCAACAAGCCGCCUUUUAAGAAUUUGAACUGUACUGGAUUGGUGCUGGCCAGCGAUGGACAGAAGAUGAGCAAGCGCAAGAAGAACUAUCCGGAUCCGAUGGAGGUUGUGCACAAGUACGGUGCGGAUGCGUUGCGGUUGUAUUUGAUCAAUUCGCCGGUUGUGAGGGCGGAGAAUUUAAGAUUCAAAGAGGAAGGCGUUAAGGACAUCGUCAAGGACGUUUUCCUUCCAUGGUAUAACGCGUUCCGAUUCCUGCUGCAGAAUAUCGACCGGUUCGAGAAGGAGGAAAAGAUCGUCUACCGGUACGACGCGGAGCGCCAUGCCAAGAACCGAUCCACCAACGUGAUGGACGUUUGGAUCACAUCUUUCAAGGAAUCCCUGUUGGAUUUCGUUGCCAAGGAGAUGAAGGCCUAUCAUUUGUAUACGGUCGUUCCACGGUUGACCAAGUUCAUCGAUCAGCUGACCAAUUGGUACGUGAGGAUGAAUCGCAAGCGUAUCAAGGGAGAGUUCGGCGUUGAGGACUGCUACCACGCGUUGGAUACUUUGUAUGAUGUUUUGUUUGCCAUGGUGAAAAUGAUGGCGCCAUUCACGCCGUACUUGACCGAAUACAUGUUCCAGCGAUUGCGACUACUGAACACGGAAAAGAUUGAGGGAAGUGUGCACUUCCAGAUGAUGCCCGGAUCGAACAAGAAGUACAUUAAUGAGCCGAUCGAGCGCGCCGUUUCGAGGAUGCAGGCCGUCGUCGAAUUGGGUCGCGUGAUGCGCGACCGGCGAACCGUUCCGAUCAAGUAUCCCUUGACCGAGGUCAUCGUUAUCCACCAGAGCCAGGAGUAUCUGGGGGAUAUCAAAUCGUUGGAAAACUUUAUUUUGGAUGAGCUGAAUGUGCGGAAGAUUACUUUGAGUUCGGAUAAACAAAAGUAUGGCGUUAAACUGCGGGCGGAACCGGAUCACAAGGUCCUCGGAGUUCGGUUGAAGAACGAUUUCAAGCAGGUCAUCCAAGCGGUCAAGGCUUUGACCGAUGAGCAAAUCAGCGAACAAGUAAAGGCUGGACAUUUCACAGUACUAGGACACCGCAUCGAGUUGAACGAACUCCGAUUGAUCUAUCAGUUCGAUGAGAAGCAGUCGGGCGGACACAACUACGAAGCUCACAGCGACAAUGACGUUCUGGUCCUGCUGGAUAUGACCCCCAACGAGGAGCUCAUGAAGGAAGGUGUUGCCCGCGAAAUCAUCAAUCGCAUCCAGAAGCUUAAGAAGAAGGCCAAGUUGAUCCCGACCGAUCCGGUUCUUAUCUACUACACUGUCAGCAAGGAUGGCGAAAUCAAGAGCGUAGCGGAAAGUCACCAGGAGUUCAUUGUGAGCACGGUCAAGUCUCCGUUCCUCCCGUACGGACCGGAAGCCGCCUCGAAGGAAGUCCUUAUCGAAGAAUCCCAAGAGCUCAAAGGAGUCCAGCUAAACCUUGUCAUUUGUUCCCCGAAAGACCGACCAAUCCCUGCCAGCCCCUGGGUAAAUCUGGUCCUCGACGAAAAGAUCGCCCCUCGCUAUCAAGCAAAGCCAUCUCGAGAGGCCACCGUACUACUGACCAACGUCAAAGGCGAUCUGCUCAGCCUAAAUCAGUUGAACCAAGAAAUUCACUCCCUGUUCGGGUUGAACGAUCAAGCCUACAAGCUGCUCACCGCCGAUGGCAAGCAGCUCAACGGCCUUGAUCUCAACCUCAACCAGCAAACCAUUUUCAUAACCCAUGGAACCAGUUUACCGAACGGAUGGAAGCCGGCGAAAACGCCCAGCUGUGCCUUCCGAAACGUGGAAUACAAGGGCCGCAAAACGACCGUGCUCGAGGAGAACCCCGUCGGAGUGAAGCUGGAUGUGGAUCAGGUCAUGAAAAGGUUUUUCCCCGAUGCCUAGCAACUGAAGGUGAACUGAAGAUCCGCGUUAUUCGACUUUUUGUGCUGUAUUUGAACUGGAUUUGCACUGUCAGUGCAUAGUUAGCUAGCUGUGAAACGAUCGUGAAUUUGGGUUCAACGAAGAUGGACCGUUAAAAAGUUUUUGCUAUUACACAUCAAAGUACGUUAAUAUAAGUCCCUAAUCCCAAGUGAUGCAUUAAAAA